AUGGCGUCAACAACACUCUCUUCAGCUGCAACGGCAGCCACUCCUUCCUCGAGCAUAGCGCCAUACGCCACUGCAUUGAAUGGCGUCAACCAACCGAUGAACAUGCUUUUCAGAAACAUAAUAUGGUGGAGUUUGGGCGUGCUGGCCAUGCUUAUACUCACCAUACGACUUGUGCAAAGGGCGAUUGCGCAUUCUCGACAUACAGGAGCGAUGGGCUUGUCUGGGGAAGCGCAGGCUUUUUGGUCAAAGAAUAGAUACGCAGCAUGGUGGAGGUUCAAGAAACACAUGCUGUAUGCGCCCCUGGGGAAGAAACGUCACAACAGGGAAAUUAGACUUUCGUCGGCCGGCAACAUGGGGACCAUUCCCUCAAGAUUCCACAGCAUCCUUCUUGCAAUAUUCAUCCUCAGCAACCUAGCUUUCAUGGCGUUUCUCGACUACUCACGAUCGGAUGUCUAUUCUGUCGUAGCAGAUUUACGAGGACGAUCGGGUGUGCUAGCUAUCAUCAAUAUGAUUGCUUUGAUAAUCUUCGCUGGUCGCAACAACCCCUUGAUUCCGCUACUGCAGAUCAGCUUCGAUACAUACAACCUGAUGCAUCGCUGGGUAGGAAGAGUGGUUGUUCUGGAAGUGAUUCUCCAUACCAUGGCAUGGGCCAUCGUUAAGCAUGCAGCUACAGGAUGGACAGGUAUCUGGCACAUGAUCGGCACUAACCCUUUCAUCAGCUGGGGUACAGUCGGAGCCGUCGCGCUGGUUCUGAUCAUCAUCCUCUCCCUUUCCCCUGUCAGACACGCAUUCUACGAAACCUUCCUUACCGUCCAUAUCAUCCUCGCAUUCAUCGCGAUGCUGGGCACGUGGAUCCAUUGCGAGGUCGCCAAACUGCCCCAACUACCCAUCAUUAAGGCCGUUGUCGUUCUCUGGAGUGUGGAACGCCUCUUCCGAAUGGCACGUCUUGGAUAUCUCAAUUACUCCCUCAAAGGGAACGCAUGGACCUCGGCCACCGUGGUUGCAAUGCCUGGAGGAGCUAGCAGAGUCACUUUGCACCUACCAAGACAUGUCAACGUCAAACCUGGAACACAUGCUUACCUUCGAUUCGCUGGCAUCAAAUACUGGGAGUCGCACCCCUUUUCAAUCGCAUGGGUAGAGCACAAGCCGAUUCAUGAACAAAGCCUCCCGACACAAGAAAAGGAAACACCAGUGGAAAAGCAACUACGGGAACCUGAGACAACCACCGAUGUGUCCUUCGUGAUUCACGCUCAGAGUGGCAUGACGAAAGCACUGUACGACAUGUCUACUAGGUCUCAACCACGGCAACUGUCUCUUAGCGCCGCAUUCGAAGGCCCAUACGGAGGCCAUCAUUCCCUCGACUCCUACGGGCACGUCGUCCUCUUCGCCGGCUCGAGCGGCAUUACCCACCAAAUCCCCUUUGUCAAGCACCUCAUCCAAGGCUUCAUCGAUGGCACGGUAGCCACACGCAAAAUCACCUUAAUCUGGAUCAUCCGAGACAGCGAGCACCUAGAAUGGGUGCGCGAAUGGAUGGAUCUGGUAUUGAGAAUGCCCAGACGACGAGAAAUCCUGCAAGUCAAGCUUUACGUCACGAGACCAAAGAAUCCUAGGGAUAUCAUAAGUCCCAGUUCGACGGUGCAAAUGUCGGCGGGUAGACCAAAGAUCGGACACAUCCUGAGGGAAGAGGUUAAGGCGCAGAUGGGGGCCAUGUGCGUCACGGUUUGUGGACCGGGCGGGCUGGCUGACAAUGUUAGGGAGGUUGUGAGGGAAGUGCAGGAUGUCAGCGUGGUGGACUUUAUUGAGGAAAGCUUCACUUGGUAA